CAUGCACAGCUGAUUAUCACAAUCUGUAGCACAAAUCCAGGCACAGUAGCAGCAGUGUUAAGUCCUUUAGUGUGAGCAGAAAGCGAGAAGAAAGAGUCAACAUGGCCAACAAAAGCGACUUUCAGUUCUCCAUCAGGGAAUACAGACCAUCAGAUCAACAUGUGGUCAUGUCUCUCUUUCACGAUGGAAUAUUUGAACAUAUUUAUCCAGCAUUUUUCAAGGCCAUAAGCAACCCAGACCAUGUCGGCAUUGCUUUGAGCAUUUCCAUGGCUGGCUAUGUCCUUGGAGGUAGCUCCUACUUUCAAGCUUUGCUCUUUGGCAGUAUUUGGGCUGGCUUUGUUUAUUACUGCUGCCAUGACAUCUACGAUCGCUACAUGAUGUGGAGGCUAAGUGCUGAUAUGGCCGACAUUCAAGCAAGCUACCUGGAAAAUCCAGACAAUGGCUUCUGGGUGACAGAAGUAGAUGUAAACGGGCAGGCCAAGGUGGUGGGGAUGGUGGCGGUGAUGGGCAAAAGGGAGGAAGACGACGGUGAAAGGUUUGACGACUUGAACGGAGCAGUGAGCGGCACAGAGUUCGCUCAAGAUGCCGUCAACAGAAGUUAUGCCCAAAUGUCUCACAUAAUUGUGGCGUUUUCAUGGCGCCGCAAAAACCUGGGCUCACAGCUCACACGGAGGGCUUUGGAUUUCUGCAAGGAACGAGGCUUUUCCCGUCUCAUUAUGGACGUUAGCUCACCGCAGACUGCAGCUAUUUCCAUGUGUCAAAAACUUGGUUUUGUCCAAACCGGUUCCCUCUGUAACACCCAUGCUAAUCGCUGGUUCUACAAACUAGCGAGAAUAACUGUAAAACGAAUGGAGAGGUCAAUUUAAAAAAGGACACUAUGUUUAAAUUAAUACCUGAAGACUGAGGAAAUUGUUUAGCAAAGCCAGGAAAAUAUGGCAUUUGACAUUGUUAAUUCAAAGAAGUGUGUGCUUGGUAAAUGCACCAACUAGCAUCAAAGUUUUGGUGGGAAAAAUAAAUGUCCUUUUUUUCUGCAUAAAGCAGCUA